AUGAAUCAAUCAAUCUAUCUAUCGAUCUAUUUCACUUCAUAUCACUAUCUAUCUCUCAGUUCAUAUCACUAUCUCACUCCAUAUCACUAUCUAUCUAUCUAUCUAUCUAUCUAUCUAUCUAUCUAUCUAUCUCAGUAUGUCCAUAUGUAUCUCAAUCUGCUCAUACAUAUCUCUGUCUGUUCAUAUCUAUCUAUCUAUCUAUCUAUCUAUCUAUCUUACUUCAUAUCACUAUCUAUCUAUCUAUCUAUCUAUCUAUCUAUCUAUCUCAGUCUGUUCAUAUCUAUCUAUCUAUCUAUCUAUCUAUCUAUCUCACUUUAUAUCCCUAUUUAUGUAUCGUUUAUAUUUUCUCAAAAUCUUUACAUUUUAUCUGAGGCUAAUUUAUCUCCCAUCUCUCUCUCUCUCUCUCUUUCUCUUCCAUCUCUCACUCUUUCUCUUCCAUCUCUCUCUCUCUCCCACCUCUCUCUCUUUCACUUCCAUCUUUCUCUCUCUUUCUCUCCCAUCUUUCUCUUCCAUCUCUCUCUCUCUUUCUCUCCCAUCUCUCUCUCUUUCUCUUCCAUCUCUCUCUCUCCCAUCUCUCUCUCUCUUUCUCUUCCAUCUCUCUCUCUCUAUCAUCUCUCUCUUUCUCUUCCAUCUCUCUGUCCCAUCUCUCUCUCUCUUUCUCUUCCAUCUCUCUCUUUCUCUCCCAUCUCUCUCUUUCUCUCUCUCCCAUCUCUCUCUCUUUCUAUUCCAUCUCUCUCUCUGUCCCAUCUCUCUCUUUCUCUUCCAUCUCUCUCUCCCAUCUCUCUCUCUUUCUCUUCCAUCUCUCUCUCUUUCUCUCACAUCUCUCUCUCUCCCACCCCACCUUUAAAUUUCCCUCUGUUAUUAAUUGUGUCUCUAUUUUCUUGUUUUUUAUUCACCACCUUGGUUUACACAGCACUUCUUUUUUUUCUUAAAUUAUCUCUCUUAAAACGGCACCACUUUUUAUCUAUCUAUCUAUCUAUCUAUUUAUCUAUCUAUCUAUCUAUCUAUCUAUCUAUCUAUCUAUCUAUCUAUCUCAAUCUGUUCAUCUAUCUAUCUAUCUAUCUAUCUAUCUUUCUCAUCUGUUCAUCUAUCUAUCUAUCUAUCUAUCUCAGUCUGUUCAUCUAUCUAUCUAUCUAUCUAUCUACCUAUCUAUCUCAAUCUGUUCAUCUAUCUAUCUAUCUAUCUAUCUAUCUAUCUAUCUCAGUCUGUUCAUUUGUCUAUCUAUCUAUCUAUCUAUCUAUCUAUCUAUCUAUCUAUCUAUCUAUCUAUCUCUAUCUAUCUAUCUAUCUAUCUAUCUAUCUCAAUCUGUUCAUCUAUCUAUCUAUCUAUCUAUCUAUCUAUCUAUCUUUCUCAGUCUUUUCAUCUAUCUAUCUAUUUAUCUAUCUUAGUCUGUUCAUCUAUCUAUCUCAGUCUGUUCAUCUAUCUAUCUAUCUAUCUAUCUAUCUAUCUAUCUAUCUAUCUAUCUAUCUCAGUCUGUUCAUCUAUCUAUCUAUCUAUCUAUCUAUCUAUCUAUCUAUCUAUCUCAAUCUGUUCAUCUAUCUAUCUAUCUAUCUUUUUCAGUCUGUUCAUCUAUCUAUCUAUCUAUCUCAGCCUGUUCAUAUCUAUCUAUCUAUCUCAGUCUGUUCAUCUAUCUAUCUAUCUAUCUCCAAAUGA